GACAGCCCAGAGCGCACGGGAGGCGCGCGCACGGAGAGAACAGAGAACCAACCCGCGCGUCAAGGAGACACGACCUGUGCGCCGCCCGGGUGCUGUUGUCCGACCGCCGGUCGCUCCCCCAAACUGACCCAUGAACACAAACAUAACAACCGGCGUUCAUUCCGCGACGCGAUGAACAACAGAUCGAUCAACCUGAUCGGCCGUCCUGCGACGCGGGAAAGCAGCGGCGGUGGCGGUGGCGGUGGGAGCGCGGGAAGUGUGACGGAUCACGAACUUGCGAUCACCUCCACGUUCGGGACGCUCCUCUCUAUGGUGUACCUCAUCGGGGUGUCGGGGAACGUGUACACCCUGGUGGUCAUGUGCCACUCCAUCCGCUUCGCCACCUCCAUGUACAUCUCCAUCAUCAACCUCGCGCUCGCGGACCUGCUGUACCUCUCCACCAUCCCCUUCGUGGUGUCCACCUACUUCCUCAAGGACUGGUACUUCGGGGACGUGGGCUGUCGCAUCCUGCUCAGCCUGGACCUGCUCACCAUGCACGCCAGCAUCUUCACACUCACGGUGAUGUGCACGGAGCGCUACCUGGCCGUCACCAAGCCGCUGGACACGGUGCGUCGCUCCAAGAGCUACCGCAAGGCGCUGGCGUGGGGCGUGUGGCUCCUCUCGCUGUUCCUCACCGUGCCCAUGAUGGUGAUGGUCACGCAGACCACCAAGGACACGCCGGACGGGGGCGUGAAGAGGAUGUGCGCGCCCACCUGGGCUCCGCUGGCCUACAAGGUGUACGUGACGGUGCUGUUCGGCACAAGCAUCAUGGCCCCCGGGCUGGUCAUCGGCUAUCUGUACAUCAAGCUGGCGCGCACCUACCUGGAGUCCCAGCGCAACUCCGUCAUCAGCAACGGUGGGAAGCGCUCGCCCAAGCAGAAGGUUCUGAUCAUGAUCUUCACCAUCGUCCUGGUGUUCUGGGCCUGCUUCCUGCCCUUCUGGAUCUGGCAGCUGCUGCCCCUCUACCACACCAAGCCCCUGCGGCUGGCGUCCCAGACGCACACCUGCAUCAACUACCUGGUGGCCAGCCUCACCUACUCCAACAGCUGCAUCAACCCCUUCCUCUACACUCUGCUCACCAAGAACUACCGGGAGUAUCUGAAGAACCGCCACAAGAGCUUCUACCGCUACACGUCGUCCUUCAAGCAGCGGCCGCCCAGCCUUUACUCGUGGGGCAAGUCGGCGUCUUCCAGCAACCAGUUCGAGCUGAACUCGGAGACCCUGGUGAUGGGGACCUUUAGGUGACAGUGAGCCGGGGACAAGGUGAAUGAACAGCGAGCUAGAGGAACGGCAGCAGGUAAAUAGAUAGUACAUGGUGCCGUUGAUUUGCUGGAUAGUUACUUUGAAACGACUUAUUUUUGUGUUUUAUUUUCUAUAUCAAACUUGUGGACCUGCUGACCUGAUGCAUAAUGGUUGACUUACGUGGUUCAGAGUGCAGCUCGUUUAAAGUAAGUUCCAUUCAAGCUUUUUAACAACUGCUUCGGCGACUCCUCCUCACCAUAACCCGACCUCAAUCACUUUCUAUUAACCCCGAGAACCCUGACGUCCUGCACAACUGCGUGAUGUUCCUGUAAUGCGUCCAAAAGGAGCGCAUAUUAAAGAUAGCAGAUAGCAGUUAACCGGUCUGAGAAGUGAUAA